AUGAUUGCUCCCGUUGGAGCAUCACUUGUCGCCAACGGCGGCCCCGCCUCUUCUCGUGAUGUCACCCACCAAUUUAGCCUCGCCCAAGACACGGUAGCGACAAUUCGACCUUUCAGCAAUUCCAACAUCCCGUCCGACGUUCAGCUGUUGGACUCUCUCCAUGCACAACGGCCACCGCAACCUGUAGCGCAACCGGCAUCGUCACGGCAGGCGACUCUGCUGUCCCAGCACGACCAUGCUUCAUCGUCGAUGGAUGCUAUUGAUGAUCAACUGCCAGAGCACUUGCAUGCCUCAUCACUACAUCAACAGUACGCUCGACAGAUCGAUGACGAGCCCAACCUCUUUGUCGAGCGGGACGCCUUGCAGCCCAGCACCGACUCUUCCGCUGUCUCGACGCGCUCGCUCUCUAAGGUCACGCAUAGCGGGCAACGCUACUCGCUCCCAUCCUCCUAUCCUUCUAGCAUUGCCUCGUCAUGGAGCAGACCAGAACGCAGCGUCUGGUUUCAGCAGAAGGCCAUCAUCAUCACCUCCAUCUUCCUCGCCAUCUUCAUCGUGCUGUUCAUAGGUGCUGCCGUGUUUCUCCGCGAGAGGAAGUUCGACGACGAGCUCGAGGGUCUUGACGAUGAAGAGGCGCUGGCACGCAUCGAAGAGCGCAUGACCAUGGGUCGCUUUUCCGAUCCUGCCGAAAAGGACGACGGGAACGUCGGCGACGGCAAGUCGAGACGUCGCUUCCGUCUGGGCAGAAAGCGAUCCGAAAAGGAUGGCAGCGAUCCGGAUCUGUCGCAACCCUCAUCAGGCUCGUCUAGCGCCGUCAAACGUAAACGCCAUCUUGUAUCACGCUGGACCAGAGGCAACCUGCGGAACAGCGACGACACCAUGCGUGGCGUCAGUGACACCGCCUCAAUUCGAUCAGGACGUUCGGCUCGUCGCGUUGCCCUUGGCAACGUCAGGACGGGUGAGGAGACCGUCGAGAUCACCUACGACGAUGAUGGUGCCGAAGCGCAACGCACUGUUGACAACAACGGAGGACCCGAAUCGGAGCGCCCGCGCUCACCGCCACCACCACAUCCUGAUAACGAGAACGCAUCAGCAUCGUCGCCCUCCGGAGGCAGAUCCACAUCUGCGGUUGAACGACACGGUGGCGACGCAUCAGGCGUCGAGGAAAGCCGGCGGUCGCCCAGACGUGUACUGCUGGACGACAGCGACUUUCAGGCAGCAGAUGCUGCGGAAACGCACCACCCCGAAGGGACACAAUACAUGCCGCCUGCCUACAUCCCGUCUGGGUCUGGAGGUGCGUCUGGCUCAGCAUACGAUGGCGCUGCGGUUGCCAAUGCGAUCGCACUUGGCGAUGCCAAGCACGGCAUUCCAUCUCCCGCGGAGCGCGAUCCUACGAUCUCUCCAGAGGUGAUCAGCGCGGCAUUGGCACACGGACGUCCCUCGGCGUCGCAAGACGAACACGAGCCAAGUGGUCCGGUCGCUGGUCACGUUGCUACGGACGACAAGGCGGUGCUGGGCGCUUUAUCUGCAGCGGCAAGCAUGCCGUCAGCGCCGGCUGUCGAUGGAGGUACAUCGGCUCCUGCAUACGUCGCAUCACAUGCAUCUGGCGUUGGAAGCUCAGCCGCUGCAGCAGGGCCCUCGGCGCCCGACAUGGAAGUGGAUGGCGAUGGAUUUGAAAUUGCGCCCGCUGAAGAGGUCGACGUGGAUGCGACACGACUCAGGUCGUUGGAAACCGAGGCGCAAGCAGGCAAAGGCAAGGCAAAACAAGCACAAACGUCUAGUAUGCUCCCAGCCCCGCCUUCAGCCGUCGAGCCCGCUUUCUCGCCGUUCGACCAGCCCUAUCGCUCGGCAGGACCUCCCGGCGCCCGUUCGCCUUCGUCUUUGCCGGGGCGCAGAUCCACGGACGACCCGAAUGCACUCAUGUCGCAGCGCAAGAGCGAAAAGCAAAAAGAGGCAGAGCAAGAGCAGCAGCUCGCGCAGCUCGUGGCAUCGCGACCGGACGCUACGGACGUGCCGACUUACGAGCGUAUGGAAUCUGCAGCGUCUGCACCGCCUCUAGCCGAAGACGACAGUGUGGUGUCAGGCUCGGUGGCAGACGCUGCAGAGCACCUGCCUGCCUACGCGCAGAGAAGGAAGUCCACAACAGCACCAGCAGCGACCGCUCCAUCACACGAUGCUUCGGCACCCUCUGCGCCCUCUGCACCACCCAUGCACGACCAAGACGAAGAGUAG